AUGAGUUUAGGCGGAGACUCGAAAUACUUCAAGGAGACGAACACCGGAAAGUUUGAUGAAAUUACCAAGCAAUUGGACUCGAAUAAUUUCAGGGAUAAAUUGGUUGGUAUGAAGAAGGUGAUUGCUAUGGCAUCAUCCGGAAAAGAAGUAGAACCUCUCUUCCCAUACGUAGUCAAGAACGUAGUAACCAAGAAUGUUGAACUGAAAAAGUUGGUCUACAUGUAUCUCGUUCACUUUGCCGAACAAAAACAAGAAGAAGCCUUGCUCUCCAUCAACAAUUUCCAAAAGGAUCUCGAUGACAAGAAUCAAUUCUUGCGAGCAUUGGCUUUGAGAGUCAUGUCAAGCCUUAAUGUACAAGACAUUACCACUGUUAUUUUGGUCGGAAUCAAAAAAUGUCUUCAUGAUAUGAGUCCCUACGUGAGAAAAGCAGCUGCUUUAGGUAUCAUUAAAGUAUUCAGACAAAAUCCAGAUGAACUCGGAGCAGAAUGUGCUGAUUUAAUCGGAGAAUUAUUGAAGGAUAACAAUACUAUGGUUUUGGGAGCCGCAGUUCACGCUUUCAAUGAAGUCUGUCCAACCAACUACUCAUUGAUUCACCCAGUAUUCAGAAAACUGUGCCGAUUCUUGGUUGAUUGUGAUGAAUGGGGACAAUGUUCAAUUAUGCAAAUGUUGUUACGGUAUGGACGUGCUCAUUUCCAAUCUCCAUUCAAGAGUGAUGCAUACAAGAAACGUGCUUUCUACGAAGAUGACGAUGACACAGAAGGAAAUCAUGACGGAAACCAAGAAAUAUUCGAUGAUGGGUUUGAACCAGGAGCAGAGAUGGAACUUGAUCAAGAUCACAGAUUAUUAUUGAAAUCAACAGCUCCUUUAUUGAAAACUAACAACAGCGCUGUUGUUUUAAUGGUGGUCGAUUUACAUUUCUAUUUGGCACCUAAACAAGAAUUUGCUUUGAAAUGUGUCGCCCCAUUAUUGAGAAUUUUGAGAUUUUAUCGUGAGAAUGCAUACAUUGGGUUAAUGUCUGUCUCAACCAUCGCAAGAGAACGACCAGAAAUUUUUGCAAAUCACCUGAAGGAUUUCUUUAUUUAUUCAACAGAUCCAGCCUAUGUAAAGAAUCUCAAAUUAGAGAUUUUGUCACUUCUCGCCACUGAUGAAACAGUUCACAGUAUUCUGAAAGAAUUCAGAACUUAUGUCAAAUUCCCCAACGAACAAGACUUUGUUAACAAUACUGUUAGAGCCAUGGGAAGAGUGGCAUCAAGAAUUCCUGAAGUUGUAGAAUCAUGUAUUGGUACAUUGAUGAAUUUAAUUACAAAGGGAUCAGAUACAAUUGUGGCAGAAUCCAUUAUUGUCAUUCAUCAACUCUUGCAACAAAAUCCUGAAGAUAACAAGAAAAUUAUUUUGCAAAUGGCCAUUUUGUUGGAUGAUAUCAAAAUUCCAGUUGCCAGAGCAAGCAUUGCCUACAUGAUUGGAGAAUAUAUUGACUAUCUUCCUUCAAAGGAGGGUAUUGGCAUUGGCGUUGCUGCUGAUGCUCUACGUAUUUUAGCCAAGGAUUUUGUCAAGGAAGAUGACUUGGUCAAAUUGCAAGCUUUGAAUUUGAGUACCAAAUUGUAUUUGAAGGUUGCCAAUACCGCUGACGUUAAAAAGUCAGAGCAAAUCAAUUUAUUGAUUCAAUAUGUUUUGAACUUGGCUCGAUAUGACCAGAGUUAUGAUGUUCGUGAUCGUGCCAGAUUUAUGAGAAAUAUUUUAUUCAAUCCAAAAGGACUUGUAUCUACUUUGCAUGAAAAAUCGGACGAUAUUUUCGGAGCCAACACCAAAACAUCCAUUUCACUUAACAGCAAGUUUGUUGAGGACCGUGCUAGAUUUAUUUUAGGUACAUUGUCACACAUUCUAAACCAUUCUACAGAUGGCUAUUUGCCUCUUCCUGAUUUCCCACCAGAAACUCUCAACUACGAAGACAGAAAUGUUUUGGCAUCGACUGACGUGCAAGCUGAUGUUGGUGCUAUUGGAGAGACAUCCUCAGAUUUAUUCUCUGGAGAUAUCGACGACUUUUAUGGUGAAGAAGAGGAAGAAGAAGAAGAGGAUGAUGAAUUGGAGGGAGAUGCUGAAUUUGAGGAAGAGGAAGAGGAAGAAGAGGAAGAGGAUGAUAUUGACAACUUUUAUGGCGAAGAAGAAGAAGAAGAGGAAGGUGAGGAAGAGGAAGGCGAAGAAGAAGAGGAAGAAGAAGAGGGUGAAGAAGAAGAAGACGAAGAAGAGGAAGAAGAAGAAGAGGAGGAAGAGGAGGAGGAAGAAGAUGAUGAAGAAGAAUUCAUGAAGCCUUCAUCGAGCUCCAAAUCAGCUGUAAAAACACCAACAAGCGCCAAAAAGCCAACCACUACCACCUUUGAUUUUUACUAG